GAGAUGUUUCGCAAUCGUCAUUGCGUCACCGCGUACAGGACGUCACCGGAAGUAGACGGCGGCGGCUGGCGGGACAGAAUUUUGAACGAGUAGCCGCCGCUGCGGGACAUUUUUAUCAAAAACCCGUCGUUUUGUGACAUUAAAUCAUCUGUUUUACAGACAUAUAAUGAAGUGCGUAUUGCUAACGUUCUGUGUUCAAGUUGUUAUGGAAUAAAUGGUAAUACAAGUACGUUAACCGAUACAAUUACGUUCGAAUAGUAGCAGAGUGAAAUGUAAACAAAGGUAAAUAUGAUGUUUUUCACGAGUGUCUAUGAAAUGCGUUCGGACAGAUAAGCUUGUAUCGUGCAUGUUAUCCACAAUAUUAAAAUACAAAUGACGUUUAAUGAUCCGUAAAUAUGGAUCCAUGUAAGAACUGACACUUGUGACAGAUCAUGUGUGCGAUUGGCUCAUCAUGGACGACUCGGACCAAGACUUCACCGACCUCUGCUCUCGUCUGCUCAAAAGAGUGAAGAAGAAAGGAGCAGGAGGAUCUGGAGAUGAAAAGAGACCAACCACCAGGGAUGAGCAGCCAUCCUCCCCCUCCUCUAGAAGAAACCCCCCUAAGAGGAGGAAGAAGACUGAUAGGGAUGUUACCAAGACUGAAAUAAAGCGUGCGAUCAAUGGCAGGACUCAGUCUGCAGGGUCUGGUGAUGUGUCUCAGCCCGAUCCUGAAGAAUCUGGCACAGGGAGAGCCAAAGAUGCAGUGAUCCGGAGAAUGCAGCGGUUUAAGAGAGCCAGUCCAGAGAGACUCCUGCAUGCAGAGACUGAGCGACCCACAAGCACAGAGUCUGAUGGAAACCAUCUCCCCACUGCUGGGACCCAGCUCACAGAAGAUGUGAGCAGUGACGAGGCCCUGGCUCUCCAGCUCCAGCAGGCGUUGGAUCGUGAGGCUCAGUCCUCCAGAGACGUGGAAGAUGAAGGAUUGUUCUUCUGCCAGCUCUGUCAGAAAGAUCUGUCAGCCAUGAGCCCUCCGCUGCGCACUCAGCACAUCAACAGAUGUUUAGAUGCAAGCGAGAGCAGCGCUCCUUCAGCAUCCCAUCAGUCCCACCCCAGACCACGGGUCCCAGAGUGUCCCAUUUGUGGAAAGAGUUUUAAAUCAGAAAAAAGCCGGUCUGUCCACCUAAAGCGUUGCUCGACUGAUAUGGGUGUGAAACCUAAUGAUCUUCUCCAGGCUCUGAGGAGACAGGCUGCUGAGACAGCGUGCGACUACACCACCGACCAAUCACAGCAACUAGGUAGUGGUACGAUAACUAGGAGGGAUGGCAUGCCUGUAAAAAAGAGGACCAGGAGGAAAGCCCAGAAGUUGGACGAGGACACAAUGGUGGCGCUGGCUCUGUCCCGCUCUUUACUCGAGCAGGAAAUGGAAGAGGAGAGGGAGAUACUGGCUCCUGUCUUACAGUGGAAACCUGGAGCAGGCAAGGGCCGUGGGAAGAGAAGGAAGGGAGCGUCUCCUGUCCACCCACCACUUCUCCUCAUCCUGGACGCUCAGACAGCACUGAACCGUCUGCAGGAGCGUGUUUCGUCACUCCUGCUCCGUUCCAGACCCCCCUCUCCGCCAACACCCACUCUUUCCCCCUCCGCGCUCCCUCUUCAUCCUCAAGCCCCCCUCUGGGUCAAAAGUGCUCUUCAUGGAGGAGGACCAGAUGCAGUUUCAGAGUUUUACACCUCAGAACUAAGCAACUUCAUACAGCCAUGCGUUGCACCGGAGAGAGAAAAGGUCACGUCUCUUGAAGUAACUCCAGUCAAGAAAUUUCCAGAUGAGGUUGAUUCAGUCCAGGAAAAGCUUUCGGAUCCGAGCCCAGCUCAACACCAGACUACCCGUCCUCUCACCCCCUGUUCGGGUACACCAGGCUCCCAGGCUCUGCAGGACCUGAUGGAGCUUGCAGAGGAAGGCAUGACCCUCACCCAGUAUGGAUACACAACACAUUACAAGUCAGUUAAAGACAAUGCAGUGAAUGAACUUCCCUCAAGUGGUUUUGUUCCAGAGACAAAUGACAAGACGACGGCCAAGGAAACCUCAGUGUACGUUUCAAAGCUAGCAUCAGAUCUGAGCAGCAUGGUGAACAACCCUCAACUCAGUGAUGUGCAGUUACAGGUGGACAGUGGGGACGUUUUCUUCACGCACUCGUUUAUGCUGUACACACGAUGCCCCCUGCUGGCCAACAUGGUUCAUGACUCAGGUUUUGGUGUUCAGGAGGAGGGUAUGCCUGUCUCUCAGAGGGUGUUGUUGGGUAAUGUGCUUGGGGAGGCAGUACUGGCCCUCCUGCAGUAUCUUUACACAGCCCACUGUCCUCUGACACACACACUGCUACCCCACAUACAGGAGCUUGCCGAUAGGUUUUGUUUGGCUGAGCUGCAGCAGCAGUGUGAGGAAUAUUCUGGAGGUGUGGGGGAAAACACAAGAGAGGAAUCUGAAGGCAUUUUUCCAGCACCCCAGCCUCAUCUCGGGGACCAGGAAGACCAGAACUUGGCAGAAAAAAAUUUCUUGGAGCUCCUCCAAUCAAUGUGGCAGCACGAGGACAGUGAAGAAGAGGAUGAUUUUAAAGAGACUGCCGGAGAGGAAAGAGACCUGGAAGAGGAGCAAGAGAAAGAAGAUGGAGAAAAAGAGGACCGGGUGGAUGAGGAAGAGCUUGACGAGAUCUAUGAGUUUGCAGCGACACAAAGGAAGAUAGAGACGAUGUUGGAGGCUACGACCGAGACCGAAGAAGAGGAGGGAGAUGCAAAUACAUCCCUCAGAAAUGAGAAGAAGGAUGAGACAGAAGACAGGAACGAGACAGAAUCCCUCUCAGAGAAAUCUGCCGGCAGUUGCCAUAGUAACAAACAAGGCGUGGAUGGGAUGGAGGCUGCCAUGGUAACAAGUCCAAUGGAAGAAACCCUUAAAAACCCCAAUUCAGAGACCGAGAGAGUUUGCUUGAUUCAAGAAUUAGAUGAAAACAGAGACUCGGAUGCCAGUCUAGAUAACAGCUAUGACUGUUUAUUCUCCCAGUCUGUAGGGGAAUACAUGGAACCAUCACAGACGCCAGCAUCCUGCUCUCAGCAACAACGUUACAAGCCAUCGCACACAGUACAGCAAAACACACCCGCCCCGUUUCACCCUUCAUGUGUUAGUGAGGUGAUCGACCUGUCUAUAAGCCCUCCACCAAGCUCAGAUGUGUCAGAUGAGACUAACUUCCCCUUACCUGGAUUGUCUCCUGUUCCUCAUGAGGGUGAACAUACAGAUAAAUCUCCACUAACUAAAGACAAUUCAGUAUGCCAGGAAAUCAAGAACCCCGCUUCCCCUCCAGAAUCUCAAAGUAAACGGGUUGAGCUCAUUGUUCUCUCAGAUUCAUGUAAACAAAUGCAUCAAUACUGCUACCUAAAUGCUCCUACUACUAAAUGUGCUUUGACUCCUCGGUCUCCUUUCGAAUCUCCCUCAGAACCUCUUCAGACGUCCACAAGCUAUGUUUGCAAAGUCACCGAGAACAGUUUCAAAGAAUCUGGAUCCCAAGCCCAUGCCGGCAAACGGGUAGAUGCUUCCAAGCAGGUGUCGACUGAUACAGAAGCCAGAUCUGACCGAUCAGAGCACUGUAGCCCUGGGAUUGCGAAUGAAAGCGUGUUUGAUGGCUCUGCUGAGGUUUCCUGGCUGAUUCCAGCCACUCCGGUACCAUCCACACGCUGUAGCUCUUCCCAGACCUGCAUCAGCAUGCGCCGAACCCAGCUCUUCCCCAAAUCAUCGUCCUCUUCUUCCUCUUCCUCUGUCUCGGGUGGUUUUAAACCUGCUAGCUUUGAUUCUUCAAGCAGCAGCUGCAUAAAAGAGAAGCCGGUACCUUUGUCUGAAUUGCCCAAAUCAGAUCUGAGUCCCUUUAAAGAAUGUCAUAGCACUGAUACAGAUCGCUCUCCAGGUUAUCAGAGACCGCUUCACCAUCUAAGACUGUCUCAGGUUCCUUCUACAGAUGUUUCUGAUGGCUCCCACAUUGGCAGCAUCAUGGGACAUCCAACCCAGGGUGUCUCCAAGCCCUCCAGUAGCACUCCUCUCCAUUCAGACUCUUCCUUACAACGUCAGAUCCUGUUUGGCUCCCCUGUGGUUGAUGACUGUGAUGUUCGGCUCAGGGAUAGUAGAGGUAAUUCUAGAUUCUUCAGUAGUCAGGGAAAAAUUGGCUUAGUGUCUCUGCAGCUGAGUUCUUCUUCCCCUAGUAAGACACCUGAGAAGAAGCAGGGUAGCUCUCUUGAGCAGGGAUGCUCCAGUCCGUCCCCGAACUCUCAAAGCUACAGUCAUCCAGAAAGAUGGAAAAAGAGAGAGAACGAUGGGGUAGAGCGAAUGGAAUUGGGAGAGAAUCCAAAUCAAAGUAAUGAAGAAUUGGUGGAUGUUGCGGGAAACUCAUUCAGUGAUAUGGAUGGGUCAGGAAGAUCGGGAGAAGAGAAUCCGAAUCAAAGUGUUGACGAAGUGGUGGAUAUUGCGAGAAACUCAUUUAGUGACAUGGAUGAGCCUGGAAGAAGAGCGGGAGAAGAGAAUCCAAAUCAAAGUGUUGACGAAGUGGUGGAUAUUGCGGGAAACUCAUUCAACGAUAUGGAUGGGUCUGGAAAAGUGGGAGAAGAGAAACCAAAUCAAAGUGUCGACGAAGUGGUGGACGUUGCAGGAGACUCAUUUUGUGGCAUGGACGAGCCUCCUAUAGCGUUUGAUGACUCCUGGGGUUUGGAUGGAGGAGUUGGAAACCAGAAGCCCUGCUUUAGUCUACGGCUUGACAGCAGUGGAGGUACAGUCAGUCCACCGGGUCUCGAAGGUAAGGGACCAAUGUCCAGGUCUCAUCUUGAUUCUGGAGCUUGUACCAAAACUCCGGAUCCAAGUCCAGGUCCAUUUAAUCACAGUCUGCCUGAUCCUGACACGUGGCAUGAUUGGGAAGAAGAGGAGGUGGCUUCCCUUCCUCUUUCUCAGAGAUUGACAGCUCCCUCUGCCAAGAGAGUUGCCGAACUAAAGACUCCAGUUGCUUGCAGAAAGAGGAAUAAAGGACCGCUGGUGCCCAUCACUCCCAUGCCAGGCUUUUCCGAUAUGGACACACCAGAGCUCAAAAACAGACUCAACAGGUUCGGCGUGCGUCCGCUGCCCAAGAAGCAGAUGGUUCUGAAGCUGAAAGAGAUCCAUCAAUACACCCACCAGCUGCAGAGCUCCGAGUCAGAGGAGGAGACCUCUGGACCCCAACGCCCACCGAAUGCCUCUAACUCCCAGUCUGCUCCACUCUCCUUUAAGCAGCCUACAGCACCCCCUGCUGUCUCACCUGUGAAACUGCAGCCAAGUGAAGAAGAUGAGCUUUUAUCAGCCUCUCAAAACUCAGAUACAUCCUCCACUGCAGAGUCUGACAGGUCGAACCCAGAGCUGUGUGUGUCAGAAGACGACGACUCGGACACUGAGGGCAUCACGGCAUCUCAGGCUGUUGUGUGUGAGAAGGACAAACUCCUUGCAGUUCGUCAGUUCAUCCUAUCCGACCCCAAGCUGUACGCACGAGUGCUGCAGUACCAGCCUCUCUCCCUGGCGGAGCUGCGGUCCAGCUUGAAAGCAGCGGGCAUCAGGUUAGGUGCUGCUAAACUACUAGACUUCCUGGACUCUCAGUGCAUUACUUUCAGUACGGCCAAACAGGGCCAGAAUGCAUCUUCCCGCAGGAAACGACGUGUGAAAACCACAACCAGUGGUGGUGCAGCCGGAAGAGGAAGGAAAAAAGCAGCUAAGCCCAAUGGAGGAGUUGCAUGUGGGCUGAAAUAAAAUAAUGUGGUAAAACUACAUAAUUUUAAGAAUAAGUUGUUAAAGGACAAUAAGGUUUUUCAUCUUUUCAACUAAACAAAUGUCUCACACACACUCUAUUCCAGUGACAGGAUUGAAACUAAAAUGCAUUUAUGUUUGUAUUUUUUUUUUUUUUACAAUGUUUGAAAUGAAAAUAUUAUUUUUUUAAAUGAAUUUAAUUUAAUGUCUGGUUAAUGUAAUUAAAAGACAUUUCUUAAUGUAAGUGUCACAUGUUUGUAUACAAGAAAAGGUUCAUUUUAAGCUGUAUUAUUUCAUCCAAUAGUUUUAGAGAUUUCUUCAACCAAAAUGUGCCUCUCAAACAAACUCCUUGCCAAAAAAAAAAAAGGUAGAAACCGGUCAAUAAA